AUAUAAAUGCAAAAUGUCACAAGACGAUGGAUGGUGAAAAGUCAGGGAUUUUAAAUUGUUAUAUAUAUAAAUUUAAGCAGCAUUUAGAUCUUAGUGCUGUAAAAGAAACAUAUCCAUGUGUAAGAUGUAGGCUUUUGGCGGUUCUUCAUACUGAUUGCAGGCUCCAGUUCGUGCAUUUGGACCAGAAAGUAAACAACGAGCUUCCCUCCCUCGAAGGAAUCAGAAGCUUCAUAUGGAAGAAAAUAAAUCCGUCUGACUCCUGUGUGAGUGAUGGUCCAGUUCAGCGGUGUUUUACAGUCAUUACUGAGGAAGGCUCGCUGGUGUCUUACAGAAUAACAAAGGAACCACUCUGUGCUACAAAGGAAGAUUCAUACAGUUUGAAACAUGUUCUAGCAGGUGCAGUAAAAGAAAACCAGACACUUAAACUUCUGGAUGUUUCCCACCAACAUGUAGUUUUGGGAACAGAGGAACUGGUGAUUGGCCUGUCCUUGACCCUGGGUGCCGUGAAGGUCAGCUAUAAGAUUCCUUAUGACUGCCAGUAUCAGAUAAGCUCGGAUAUAUUGAUUACACGGACUGCAGAACAAUUUCGCUUUUCAUUCCAUGAGCUGAUUACAGGAAACCUUGUGCUGUCCCUUGAUGUCAGUCAAAGCAUUCUUCAAUCAAAGAAACCAACAUUUUGGAAGUUUUCAGAUGACCUUGAACGUUUGGUUGUCUUGGACACAGAUAGAGUUCUUUGGGUGUUUAAUGUUCACGAAUACACAUCAGUGAAGGAGAAUACUGUAAAAGUAGAACUGGAGAAAUCUGAAAAAUUAAAAAGUGGUGAAUUUGCCACCUACGCUGCAAGCAAAAUUGGGGAUGAAGCAUGGAGGGGUAAACUUUCCUUUCUUUUCUAUAAGUACCAUCAUGGAAAGGUUUCAAAUCAGUGGUAUGUACAGGACAAAAAACAGGCCAAAAAAUCUAUUACUACUGCCUCGGGCUACAAUACCAAAAAGAGGCGAGUUUCUGCUUUUCAUAGGGAGAAAGGUAAACCAGAUGAUAGCUAUGUGGAAAGCAAGGUGGUGCUACCUGCUCUUGACGCUACUUCCUGUCAUGUGACUGACUUCAUGUUUUACCAUUCUGUAGUAUCUUUGAGAUGGGAUUUUAAGGAUCAUGUGUUGUUGAUGAUUUGCAACUAUAAAUCUGGGACCAUCAUGCAAGAAAGUCUGACCCCCUCACAGCACCUGAUAUUGUCGCUGGAGCUGGACAAUCCCCACUUAAUUCUGACCCCCACCCACCUCACCUGUGUGAUUGUUGACAGCUCUCUACAACAGGAGGAUGUUGUUAGCAAGACCAUGAUGUACGCUGGAGCAAGCAUUGCGGACUCUCUGUGUCACAUUAACCAAUGGGGAAGGUGUUCAGUCCCCAUCAACACGCUGGACAUUGGCCUCAAACACAGGCAGCUUGACACCGUCUCUUUCUUCCUCAAGAGUAAAGAAAACAUGUUUUCCAAAGAUGAAAGUGUCCCUUCCAGUCCUUCUUCCAAUUCCACAUCCCCUCUCUGGAUUUCAUCAGGCAGUUACCGUGAUGACCUUAUGCAGCUGGAACCAGCCCUGAAACUGCUGAUACAAACCAUGGCUGACAGCAUGGGAAACAAACAGUCAGUCAAUUUUGCUAGGAAGUUGGCAGACAUAACUCUGAACUUUCUGUAUCGACUGCUGCAAGAUGCUGUAAACCUGGCAGAUUCAGCUAGAGUUAAUGCAGAUGAGAAGGAGAUUAUAGCGGAUCUGGAGUCUGUGAUGGACAUUUUGUUAUCCUUCAUCUCAGACGUCAGACGAUAUGUCCGACAGGGACAGAGCCUCGAUAUCAAAACAAAGCAAGCCGAGAGUCGUGUAGAAUGGAAGGGAACCGCCAGGCAGGUGUCCAGUGAACAGUGUGUAACACAGGAAAUGGAGAAGGAUGACAUAUUGGAGGCUCUGCUGAACAACACUUUACCAGAUCUUCAGGCAAAGCGGUGUCAAGCCGGAAUGUUCAGUACGGUAUCAAUGGAUAGAAUUUAUCAGAGGGGAAUGGAAAGGGUGCACGGGUAUCUUAUGAAGAGAGAGGCCCAGCCCGGUGUUGUUAUACUGGCAAAUCUAGGUGUUGAUGUAAACAAGAAGUUGUGGGAGAUAGCAUCCUUGACCCUUAACCCUGAGGUCAGACAGUUCAUCAUUGAGGAGUGUCUGAGUUACACCCUUUCACCUCAACAGGCUAGUGAUACGGCCUUCUUGAAAACUCUGGAGGAGGUCAAUAGACAGCGAUCUUUAAACUCAAAGCCAGAAACAGCAGAGGAAAACCAUGAGAGUGGAGGAGUGGUGGAGUUAAAGUCCAUUUUACAGGAAGGAAAGUCAGCUAAAUUCCCACUUUCAACAGAAAACACCUCCCCCAAUAUUUUAUUGGACUGGGUGCAGCACUGGAAUCAAGAUUCAAGAGAACUUGUGAUGUUAGAGGCUGGGGUUAAAGGUGUAGAGGACAUAGACUUGGAACUGUAUCUCCAGUAUUUGGUCAGGAACAAUAGAACGGAUAGUCUGGUGGACUGGAUUAGAGAGAAGGCAGUGGAAUAUGGAGACGUACUUCACAGGGUGCUGGCCAACCAGGACAAUCUCUGCACCGGAUACACAAGGGAGAUUAUCAUCAGAGAAUUGUUCAGGCUUGACGUCUAUGGAGAGAUGGCAGAUACCAAGUCCUUUCUACGUAAUCUCAGGUCGGUGAGGGGCCCGCUGAUCAGAAAUAUCCCAGAAUUCCACACUCCAUUCAUCUGCUUCUGUGUGACAGAAAACUUGCCGGAUGUUUUAUGGCAUUACUGUAAUGAUCACAGUAUUUCAGUGGAUGCACUGCAGGGUUCCAUACGAGGCAGAGAUUGUAAGGCAGGCUGGCUAGACAUGUUUGUCAAUUUUUACGAUCUUGCUCACCGGACACAGAAAGAUUGUGAGGCCGAGGAUGUGUAUAAUCUUAGCAUGUCAAAUUCAGCAUGGACUUAUGAGAUGGAGAUGCCUUCUGUUGUCCAACUUUUACAUCAAGGGCAGACAAUCACUGCUGUGGCCACCUUAAUGUAUUCACCUACAAUUCUACAACAGUUGGUAUCUGGAAAUAUGGAAGAACAAGAGUUGAAGGAGAUAGAGGAAAAAUUGAUGGAGUAUCCCAAACUCCACGGAACUUUCUUUUCUGUCUCAUCCCGGGAAAUACCGACCAACGACAUCACUGUCUACCAACUUCUGAAGAACAAUGCAGCAUUUGACCCUAGUCGAUUAUUUGGAUGGCAGGCUCUGAAUACUCUGUAUGGCGGUGAAGAGAACAUGAAACAAUUGCCCAGCUUUUCUCAGCAAGAUUUGGUAGCCAGGUUUGGGUAUUCUGAGAGAAUUCGAUACACUUACUAUCUCAAACAGGGCAGACCAGCGUUUGCCUUCCUGUCUUUUCUGUCAGAGGAGAUUGAUUCUGCGUCUCAUGAUGUCUGCCCUCAGAGGUUGUCUGAGGUCUGUAACACUGCAGCAUGGAUAGGGGUUCGAAAUUAUCACAACUCCCAGGUGGCGUGUGCAUGUGUGGCAUUCAUUGAGUUAUUGGGUCAGGACAGUCUGACACUACGGACACUGCUACAGACUGGACAAGAGGUCCUGCUUCAUCUGAAUGGGAAGCUGACGAGUGCUGGUGACCAGAGGAGAGUAGAAGCCAAGAAAAAUGAUAAACUUACAGUGACCUGGUUAUGUGCCUGUUUAGUGUAUAAAGGUCAACAUGCGGUAACUUUACUGCAUCAACUAGAGGAAGCCAUCAGCAGCUCUCUGAAGAAAGACAAAAUUCCAAGUUCCAGUUUUGAGGCUGGACAGAAGUGGACAAUAGCAGUGAUAUUCUGUCAGCUGAUGUCUGUUCCCUGGACGACGGCCUUCCUGGAGACCUGUGCUAGAGCUGAUAAGUGGCUGUCCUUCCUGUGGUUUGCUCAACUUCAUCAGUACUCCAAACAACAAUUGCAGCCGUUGCUGUACAAGUUCAGGUGCCCUCAUUUAAAGCAGCACCUGCACUACGUGAUAGAGAAUGCCGAGUCCAAGAUAUCUGUCAACAUUCCACCCACGAAACAGAGGAAACAACCCCCUAGUAAAGACGUCCGCUCUUCACUGUAUGCCAGGAUAGGACUUACCAAGGAGAAAGACUACACUGACGAUAGCAGCAGUGAUGAAGAGGAGGUCAAGGAGAAAGCCACCAACUUGGACGACUGGCUUCAGCACUUGAUGGAUGUGAACAUACACUCGAUUCCUGACGACCUUUUUCAAGUGGUCUUCAUGGCUCAGGCCACGCCCAGCUCCUGGAGGGCUCUACUGGUCUACUCCAUUCUGCUGCACAACCCAAUCCUGGCCGUGCUGGCAGCUUGUGAUCAGGAAGCAGCAGUAUUUCCCUGCUUCACUGGUUGGAUGGUUGCCAUGAUGGAUGUCGAGUCACAUGAACUGUUUAUUGAGAAUCAUGGGAAAUCAGUGUGGACUUGGGGACCCAAGCACUUUGACAAAAUUCUGAACAUAUUUCUGGAUAAAAACUGGAUGUCUACGUUAGCUACAGGACUUGGUAUUUUUCUGCCCAAUUCUCCAUUACUUCCAUUCUGCAAGUUCUCUGCCGCUUUGAAUGAGAGAAGUGAUUAUAAAGAGUGCAAAGUGUGCUUAGAGCAGUUUAAAGAAGCUAUGCAAGGGUACGUAGGAUCAGAAAUGCCUAAUGACCAAGCUGUAUAUGAGACCUCUGAUUGGCUGCAGCAGAAGACAUACCACAUUAUUCAGCACCACCUUCACCACACGACCAACCUCAACUCCCUGCUCAAUCUUCUGAGACUACUAGACAGUCAGAGCAUCGUUCUAGUCUUCAAAUUUGAUGUGAUAAAUUUUGGACAGUUAGCACGCCUUUUGAACACCAUUGUCAGCACACAUGUACUGGAUGUCAAUUUCAAAAACCUAGUGUCCAGCAAAAGUGGUGUCUUCCAUGAGGAGUGCAGAAAGGUGAUGGAUAACCUGGUCAAGGAACACUUGUUUAAGGAAGCCCGGGAUAUUGCUCGGGAAAGUGGAAUAAGCAUGGAAAGUGUCACAAUAGAAGAGAACAAAUGGGAGAAACACAAAUUAUCCAUCACGUCUCUGUGGACAGACCAGGUGACCAGACGAAGGUUCUGGAUUGGUUGUGAGGAACGGUGUAAGCAUCACAAAGUGGCACCAUUCAUCGUGGCUAAGUACUUCCAGAAGGAAGCGGAGCAGACUGAUAACUUGAGUGAGAAGGCUUUUCUGUAUCAGUUGGGGUACCAGUGGAUCGAGGUGAUAGAGACAAGUAACACCCAGGAACUCGGUGACCAUCUGUACAACAGCAUGUGGAGAGCUCGUAUCGAGAAUGCUGUCAACAUCAUACAGAUUCAACAUCAGUCUGGAUCCAUGGAAAUGUCAGGUGACUUGUUUUCUCUCCUGGAGCUUGACACUGUUGUGGGUAGUCCACUGCCUACUGAACUUCUGUCAUUGGGAAAGAUCCCCAGCUUGGAGACAUCUUCUAACGACCUAUCAGAGCAGGAAGCAGAUGCCCUGCAGGUGAUCAUCAGCCAGCUGCUGGACAAGGGAUACACCUCACACAGCUGUAGACUGGCUGCAGAGUUUGGUGUCUACAACAAAGACCUGGUUAUUGUUGUGACCCUCAUUAGGUUAGCUAGAGGUGUAGCUGACGUAAACAGUCUGUCAUCCAGCAUGAAGUCCAUCAUCACAUCAUCCAAACAUCACCGACACUCCAUAUCCACUCCAGUCUCUGUACCCACCCUCACUAGUGUUGUGAAUAUGGCUUCUCUGGGAGGAAUGAGGACAGACUUCCUGCCUCCUGACAAAGAACAAGUUAUUGUCACCAUGGAAACCCUGGAGAAUGAGAUCAGGCAUGGAAAGAAGUGCUGUAGGAGGAUUGUUAGCUGCUUCCUGAUAGCUUGUAUUCUAGAUAAGUCCUAUGAAGAUAUAGUCCCAUGUCACGAGUUUGAUGUACUAAAGCAGAUUCUGAGGUCCGGAUCAGAUCAGAAAUUCCGUUUAGCCGCUGACUACCUCAGCACCACCAAUCUUCAACCACAGGAGGUUUGUGUUUGUAGGCAGUAUAUGUACGACUACAAGAUCAGCUGCACAACAUUAGGUCUCAGGAUAGCGAGUUUUCUGUGUGAUUCUAUUGUUGAAGUUUAUAAAGUAAUGUUUGCAAAUGCCAGAGCUGUAAGUAAGAAAGAUGAGACAUUGUCCUUUAACCCUUCAGAGAAGAGUGAGGAUGCAAUCAGUUUUGUCAAGCUGUGCCCUGUGCCUGCUACACUGGGUGACAAACUUCUGGAUGCCAUGACAUCACUGUCAGGGGAGGACCAAGACAUUCCCAAAUACAUAUUAGAUAUCCAGACAGAGUUACUGGUCUUAGCACAUCUCUGUCAUUCCUCCGCAUGUAACAUGGAGGGAAUCUCAAAUGUUCUCAGGGCAGCCAGGGUCAUGACAGGGUGGAUGGAAAAGGAAGGCCAAUUCACAAACAUGGUGAGACUAUUAAUAGGCAUUGGUCGCUUCAAUGAAAUGAUCUACGUAUUCGAUUCAUUGAUACACAAUGAAAGAUUCGAGUUACUCCUCAGGAAAGGAAUAGAAAAGGAAAAGAGUCUGAAAAUAGCCAUUAUAGAUUACCUGAAGAGAUACCACCCACAGGACAACGAGACAUUUGACAUGGUCGUCCACUACUUCAUGAUGCACAGAGAGAUCGGUCAGUUGUUACAGAACAGAGCCAAGCAGAUUCUGGAGACAUUCAAGGAGAUGAACAUAGAUUCUUCUCCAGAGACUCAAACAAAUCUACAAUCAGCAGUACAGUUUUACAUGGAUGCUACUGAAAGUUACUGCAAGGAGGGAUGCAUGAGACAUGCCCAGAACUGUAUGAAGCAAGCCAGACUUGUAGCAUUGCAGCUGCAUUUUAUAAGUUCAGGGGUCAAGGUCAUUCACUUGUCAGAAGAAGGAGCAGACCAGUUCAUCAAAUCUCACCCCAAAUUCUCAGAGGCACUGAUUGUCAGUGAAAGUUACAACAGGAGGAAUUGCUGGGGGCAUGCUCUCUGUCACAAUGUUCUGAUCAAUGGGGACUUUCGAUACCUCCAGGAGCUGAAGAGACAUAUUAAGCUGACAUUGUCUCUCAUUCAGGAAGUUGUUAAAAUAUUUCAACAGGAUCAAAGCCGAACUAUGAAUCCAAAGAUUCUGGAGAAGUUCAUCAUACACUGUACAGACUUAAAGUUGCAGAUCCAGCUAGCUACAGACUUAGAUCUCCGGGGUUUUCUGUCCGACCUAGAAAAAAGAGACUGUAGCAGUUAUGUGCGUGAUAUCAUGGCAAACUCCUGACAGAAGAAAAGUGCCUUCUAUAUAGGUUGUAUUUCAUAAGUCAUUUUCUUACAUUUACUGUGCACCCAUAAAGUGAAGUUAUAAAGGAGUACUAAGUUGGGUUAUAUACGAAUAUUGGGAAAGGUUAUAUACAAGUAUUAAGAAUGAUUGUAUAUAAUGGGUAUUAAGAAUGAUAAAAUGUGUAUUAAGAAUGAUAGAAUGUGUAUUAAGAAUGGUUAUACAAAAUGUAUAUUGGUAUCAAAAAUGGUUAUAUGAGUUUUAAGAAAGGUUAUAAAUGAGUUUUAAGGAAUAUAUAAGUAUAUGAGUAUAAGGAAAGGUUAUGUGAUAAUGUGUGUGUACAUAUUUUUGUGCAAUAAAAUCUCUCAUCUUUCAUACAAAUUGAUGGGUCUUAAUGAGAAUCACU